AUGAUUUUGAUGUUAAUGCUGGUAGCAGCAGGUCUUACUGCUGCACUAUGCUUCCUUGUGAGAAAACGUUGGCACUAUUGGAAAGAUUUAAACGUGGACCAGGCGGAUAUCACAUUUAUACUUAAAAACAUGUAUAUUUUGUUCUUUAAGAUAACUAGCAUUGUUGAAAUGUCUGUGAUAAGUUAUAACAUGUUUCCCAAAUCCAGGUAUGUUGGAACAUAUCGAUUUCUUAAACCGAUGAUGUUAAUUAAAGAUCCGGAACUAAUAAAAGAUAUUACAAUCAAACAUUUUGACCACUUUAUGGAUCAUACAAACCAUAAAUCUAAAAAUUCAGAUCCACUGUUGUGGACAAAAAAUUUAGUGGCGCUUAGAGGUCUACAAUGGCGUAACAUGAGGUCUACUCUGAGUCCUUCCUUUACGAGCAGUAAGAUGAAAAUUAUGUUUACAUCAAUCAGCGAAUGUGCCCAAAAUUUUUCGAGUUAUUUACAGAAGAAGAAUCAGGAAAUUGUACAACUUGAAUUAAAAGAAACUUUUAAACGAUGUACAAACGAUGUAAUAGCUACGACUUUAUUUGGUAUUAAAGUCGAUUCUUUCGAGGAUCCUGAUAAUGAAUUUUAUUCCAUGGGAAGAAAAAUGACAAAUUUUAGCGGCGCUCUAAAGACGCUGAAGUUUUUGAUUGGUGCACAUGUUCCAAGACCAGGAGAGCUUGUGAAAUUGCCAUUUUUUGAUAAGGACCUAAGAAAUUUCUUUACUAACAUAAUUGACAAAACGGUGCGCAUGAGAGAAGUGAAAGGAAUUGUUCGUCCGGAUAUGAUACACUUAUUAAUGGAAGCUAGAAAAGAUGUCUCUAUUAAUGAGGAACGUAAUACGGAAGGACUUUCUGUAGUAAAAAAAGCCGAAAAUAUAACAGGGAAAUCCGUUUUAAAAGAUAUUACCAACCUAGACAUAACAGCACAGGCAUUAAUUUUCUAUUUAGCUGGAUUCGAGACUAUGGCCUCAUCAAUGUGUUUUGUUGGCUAUGAACUGGCUGCCAAUCCUGAUUACCAGAAGAGACUGAGAGGGGAAAUUAUGGAACAUUUGAAUCAGUGCAAGGGAGAAUUGACUUACGAAUCUUUAUUGAAAAUGAAGUAUAUGGAUAUGUUUGUGUCAGAAUCUUUGAGAAAAUGGCCUGUUGCUAUAACAAACGAGCGACAAUGCACCAAAGAUUACAUCAUUAAACCUGAACGACCAGAAGAAGCAUCCGUUACUAUCAAAAAAGGAAUGACCAUCUUGAUGCCAGUAUAUCCCAUCCACAGAGACUCCAAAUACUAUCCAGAUCCAGAUAAAUUCUACCCCGAGAGGUUUAGUGACGAGAACAAAUCUAAAAUCAACCCAUACACAUAUCUACCAUUUGGACUAGGUCCAAGAAACUGUAUAGCUUCCAGAUUUGUUUUAUUGGAAAUCAAGGUGCUGUUCUUUCAUUUGCUUAAAGAUUUUGAAAUUGUUCCUGUGGCAAAAUCACAAGUUCCUCUGGUAAUUCCGAAAGGUAGCUUCAAUCUCACAUCUGAAGGUGGAUUUUGGUUUGGAUUGAAACGUUUAUAAAUUGUGUUAUGUAAUGUAUUUUAAGAUUAAGAUAAGGUUAAUAAAUAUGUUUACUUUGUUAAAUAAAAGAUGAAAACUG